UUCUGGGUACGAGAGAUACAAAGACAAAAACAAAUUACAUCUUGCCCCCAAGGAGCUUACAUUCUACUGGGAAUGGAAUUUUACCAAACAACUGGCUAGACAUUGAUCCAGAAAACGUGGUCAUAUUCUACUCUGGACAUUCUGAAUGGAGAACAGAGACAAAAACACACAAAACCUACAACAUUAGUGGUGACAGGCUAGCUUGGGUACCAUAGAACCAUGGAGGGUUUUAAUGUUGUCAGACUAUAGUUAGCUUAUGACUGAUAAUGUGUAAUUUCCUGAAAAACCUUUAUUAUUCUAUUGAAUUGUUCAGAUUCUGUUUCCCCAUUUGGGGAAACUCUACCCCAAAUUCUAAGACCUGUGCAUAGAAAAGGAAUUUGGUAAACUCUCCAUCAACCAGGAUCAUGCCCAAAUUAGGGAAACAGGGUAAGGAAUCCUACAUAAUUGCAUGAAAACCUCUGAGGUUGGUUCUACCUCAACUUGUAAAGAAAGUACCAUAUAAAUAUGAAUUAUUAUCAUUAAACCACUACCACAGGUUUAUAUGGCCAGAAUCUGACACCUUUAAUCACCAUAGGUAAUAAGGUUCUGUCUCUCUCUCUCUCCAUGGGAAGGGCUACUCCAGGUAAAUUCAGCUCCAUAUGCACUGGUUAAAUAUUAAGAAAAGUCUUAAGUAUGAUUCUAAGAGCAGAAUGUCUCUGUCCUCCCCCGCCACCACACCAAAUGAUUUCCUGGUCUUUUUUCAGACUCUCUUCUUGCCAUGGACAUAGGAUGAUCAUGACCUCAAACCAGAAAGUCAAAAGUGAGACAUCUGCCAGAAAAUCCAAAACCUCGCAUUGACCUUCCAAUAUCUCUUCCUUCUAAGCACAGUGAAUAUUUGUAGCUUAGGCAAAUUCAAGGUGUAGUUGUCUAAGCCAAGGGUACUCACUUAAUUGGAGGGUGGAAGGAUGGAGAUGUGGGUGACCCUUAAAUUUUCCUCCAUUAUUAUAGUUUUAAAGAGCAAGUUUUUCUUUUUAUCAGUUAUCAGUGGUUUUUGGAGUGUGGUCUCCAUCCACUUGUGAUGACUGGGGGCCUUCAGAUAUCUGUCUGUAGGCUGGGCCAAGAUGGAAGAGGAUGGGAUGGCACCUAUGUGAGGUGCCAAGAGCCAGAAGAGAGACAGACAGAGAGACAGAGACAGACAGAGAGAGGAAAGGGCCAACUAUUCUCAGUCAUUCUACAGUCAUUCCAUACUGAAAAAUACAACUUAGGGGCAAUGGACAAAGGUAUUAUACUGGUGCUGCUAUCAGAAACACCCUCUCUCUUCCCCAUGAUUCUAAACUGAUGCAAGCCAUUACUACAGGCACGGAAAAGGGAGGCCCAGAAAUGUCUUCAGGAUACUCCAUCUGACACAUAAUUUCAGAUCAAUUGGAGUGGGUCAAAAGACAACAUCACCUCUGGGGGUGUUUUUGCUGAAGAGGAAACAGGUGGGAUAAAUGGGCAGUGUUUAUGAGAACUGCCGCUCUAGACAGCCAUGGUUUCUAAAUGAACAUCCCCUUGGCAUCUGACGCCAUUUUGGGGAAACCCCUUCCUUUUUUCACAACUAUCCCUUCCCUGAUCAGUCUGAGAAGAUUCCAUUGGCCAAGGUUCCUUCACAGGAACAAAAUCCAAGAAGAGUCAAUAAUGCUUUGCUCCCUUUCUUAGCCUCCUUGUCCUCUCUCUCUCCCCCAAAGCUUUCCUCCUCACAGACGUUACUCUGGUCUACGUUUUUAAUUGCUUGUCACUUGUUUUCUUCCACCUCAGAACCUCUCACCGGCAGAGAGGAGACCAACUGUCCAUCUGAGGCCUGGGUGACUGCCAUGGAGGGGCCUUGAAGAGGGCCCACCAGAGUGAUCAGCUGAAUGAAAUGGCCCCAGGGGAAGGUGAAGUGCUGGUGCUGGGGAGAAGGAAGCAAGCCUGGGCAGCGGGAGCCAGGACAGCCCGACCAUGCCUCCACCCUGGCUCCUCAUUUAAUUUCCUCCCCAGCCCCUCCCACCGUGCCUUGGCCUGACCCAGGCAGUGUCUCUAACUGGUUGGCACACAUCCCUCCCACUGGCCUUCACAUCCAGUAUGUUUGGGGAGGAGUCUGUCCCUAAUCAUCCUGGGGCCUCUCCCUAAAGAUUUUCUUUCUGCUGGGCAAGCUUCUGCUUUCCUCUGCCUUUGUCCACAGCAGGAGCCGAGGCAUGGAGGUGGUGAGCAGCCCACUGACCACACAUGUACUGGACACUACCUCGGGCCUGCCGGCCCGGGGCCUCUGCCUUCGCCUCUUCAGGCUUGAGGACUGUGACCAGCGAUGGACUGAACUGAGGAAAAGUUACACCAACACUGAUGGCCGCUGCCCAGGGCUCUUAACUCCCGAACAAAUGAAGGCCGGCACCUACAAGCUGUUCUUUGACACGGAAGGUUAUUGGAAAAAGAUGGGACAAACCAGCUUCUAUCCAUAUGUGGAGGUUGUUUUCACCAUCACAAACGAGGCCCACAAGUUCCACGUGCCCCUGCUGCUGAGUCCAUUCUCCUACACCACCUACAGAGGAAGCUAGAUGGCCAAGAACCAGAGAGACAAGUGAGCUGGCCAGGACCGCCCUGCCUCACUGCCAGCCUGCCAGCCCCCAGCCCCGGCCACUUUCUGUCCAGCAUCUUUAGUCUCACUCCCUACCUGGUAGCUCCCCAACAAGCUGCUGAAGAGAUCAAUAAAUUCUGUGCUGAUCUCUC